UUGCUUUCCUAUUUGAAAAUUUGGCGCCUUGUCGAUAACUGGCUGUUUACAACGAAACGUCACAGUUGUCACGUCACGUUACGUAAGUUUUGAUUGGACUACUGAAUGAACCGCCAACUUCCCUAUCAGAGCAGACGGUUAUCUCUCUCAUGAUGCGUCUUUUUGCAAAUUGUUAGCCCUAACUCUUUAGCGAAUUUUUCUUCAGUAUGCCACGAAAAAAGACGAUUUCUUUGAAGAGGAACUGCCCCCAACGCAGCGAAGCUGAAGCUGACCUCUUGAGUGAAGAACCGCCUGAAUCAUCCCAAAAAAUUCAUAAAGUACACCAUGAUAAAGACGAUGACAAUGACCUUUCUGUUGUUGCGGUGGAAACCAUAACUCCAGAUCCAGGACAAGGUGAUGGGUCUUCCUCAAUGGUGGAAAAAGACAAGCUGAUGCUCAUGGCCCAGACAAUACAAACACUUAAACAGGAACGAGAUUUUCUCCGCCAAACUGUCCUAAAAUUGUCAAACAGAGGGGCAAAAAAAGUAAAGAAAGUCUUGGACACAAGCACUGAAUGCAGCACCAGUAACACUGAUGAGGAGUCCAUGACUUCUUCCUCCUCUUCAGAUUCACCUGAUAGUGAUAUUCCUCGGAAGAAGAGAAAGAGUCAUAAGAAGACAAAGAGGGCCAGCAGGUCAAAAUCUACCAAGCACAGCACACGUGCUUUUAUCUUUCUACAGCAACAACCCCUGAUGACGUACUAAGGCGGUACAACAAAGUUUUCAAUGCGUAUAAAAAAGAAGGGAGCAUUAGUAAAGCAUGUGCCAAAGUUGGGGUUGACCGUAAUACUCUCGCAUUAACAGCUGUUGUGGCUGAAAUUCAGCUUGUUGAUGCUGAGUUUUACAGAAGCAUCCCUAAAUUCAGAACCAAGGAGGAGAAACUUUUUGACUUUGCCAAGAGGUGCCUGCAGUCGCUGACAACAGACUUAAAAUCUGUCAUUGAAAACGCCAAACAAGAGCGCAAACUUCUGCCAAUAAAGUAUAAGUUCAGAUAGAAAUAUACAAAUCUCUUAUGUGCAGAUGUUGUUUAAAGUUAAAUUGUAGAUUCACAUCAGUAGUUAUUAAUUGUUACCCCAUUUGUCGUUCCAACCCCUGAGACCUGAAAUGACACUGAAGAGAAUAAAAUGUAAAAUAAUGCGUUUUUUGUCCACACAAAAGUAUUAUCAUAGCUUCAUAGCAUUACAAUUGAACCACUGAAGACAAAUGUACUCUUUUGAUGUUAUUGGUACUGUAUCUUUCUAGACUUUAAAUGCCUUGCAACUCUGGCUUUCUAUGGAGGGUCAGAUAAUUCUAAAAUAUAUAUAAUAUAAUAAUAUAUAAUAAUAAUAAUAAUAAAUAAAUAAUCAGCUAAAAUAUUUUUACAAAUAAAAUAAAAAAGUAGAUUUUUUUAUUUUAUUUUCUGAAUGAAGGACUCGGGUUUGGAAUAACAGCAGGGGGAGUAAUUAAUAAUUUAAUUUUUGGGUAAACUAUCCCUUCAAUGUGAAUUGCUGUACGUUUAAUGUGAUAUGAUGUUACUUCCAACAUUUAUCUAAAAGUUUUAAUUUACUCUAAGAUUUUUUUUGUUUAUGGGAUUAUGUUUAAUCUCUUUAAUUUAAUAGUGUCUGUAAGGUUCUAUAUUGCAGCCAUAUUUCUAAGGUUUUUCUUUAUAUGUGUUGCACUGUUGAGUAUAAAAAUGUUAAUAAACAUUGUUUACCUUUGCUGCAUGUUUUCUCUUUUUUAGUCCUCUAUAGUCUACUUAUUGAAAAACAUUUGUGGAUUAAUACUUUGGAAUUUAAUACUAUUACUUUUAGGUUCACAGUUACAAUAGAAUUAACAUGGAACAUUUCAGAAUGUAGGUGAGAAGUACAUGGAUUCAUCAGUGGAUGAAUCAGUAAUUUGUGACAAAUUUACACUUGAGUGGAC